UGCAAAAGCUCUGACGAUUCCACAGAGCUAUAUAUAAAGCUAAGGUUAGAGAGUAGAUGAUUAAGUUGAGACCCAUCAUGUACUAAGAGAGGAAGGGAUGCAGGACAACAAAAUGAUAAAAGCCAAGUGUUAGUCAGAGACAGAUGAACAGAAAAGGAAAGAGAAUGGGUUCAAGUUUAUUGCCAUGAAUUCCACAAGAAUUCAAAGAGUGGGUCGCGUCUUGUUGGUGUCGAGACUAUAAAAGGAUGAGAAGAUAGAGAUCUCGUUAAAGCAGACAAGAGAUUUUGUCUGACAGAAAGAAAUAGGUAACUCACAAAAUCAAAGGUUGUUGUCUCCUAAUUCCUCUCAACUCUGUGUGUGUGUGUGUGUGUGUGUGUGAAGAAUGGAGGGAACAGAUUUAUCUUCGACAAGUGAACAGAAAUUGGGAAGAUUCAAAAGGGUGUGUGUGUUCUGUGGCAGCAAAGCUGGAUACAAGUCUACAUAUGCUGAAGCCACCAUUGAGCUUGGUAAAAUACUGGUUCAGAGAAAAAUAGACUUGGUUUAUGGGGGAGGAAGUGUGGGCCUAAUGGGUUUGAUCUCUCAAACUGUGUUCUCUGGAGGCUGCCAUGUACUUGGAGUGAUUCCCAAGGCACUUCAGAUUCAUGAGAUAUCAGGAGAGACUGCCGGAGAAGUGAAGACAGUAGCAGAUAUGCACCAAAGGAAGUCAGAAAUGGCAAAACAUGCUGAUGCAUUUGUAGCUCUUCCAGGUGGCUAUGGAACCAUGGAAGAAUUGCUAGAGAUGAUAACUUGGGCUCAGCUAGGAAUUCAUGACAAGCCAGUAGGAUUGCUAAAUGUAGAUGGGUACUACGACAGCUUGCUUGCCUUAUUCGACAAAGGAGUAGAGGAAGGUUUCAUAGACAAUGCAGCCAGGAAAAUAGUGGUAAUAGCAAACACAGCAGAGGAACUAAUACAGACAAUGGAGGUAGGAAGGGGAGAAGGUGCUCUAUUAGAAGUUGCUGAAUUAUUGGAGUAUGUGGCUGUCCAUGACAAGGUUGCACCCAGACAAAGAUGGGAAGUGGACCAAUUAUCAGAGUCUACUCAAAGUGGGCAAUCCAUGAGAUCUUAGAUCUCAAUCACCAUCGAGCAUGCCAUUUCUAUAAAUAUCUGCGGUUGUGUGCUCAAAUUUGAUCAAGGAGAUUACCAAAAGAUAGACCAGAUCUCUCUAUCUCUCUCUCAAGAUCCUCAAUCUUGAUCAAUUAUUUGUAAAUCCUUAAAGAUGACCUGUAUUAAAUUCCACUAAGAAUCGAUGGAAUAGUAAGAUUUUUCUCUCUCAUC